AUGAUUUGCGCAGUAUGGCAUGCUGAGCUCGCACUUACAACAACCGAUGACUUGACUAGAGUGGAGGGGUUUGCCACUAUUCCGCUCAGCAAACGCAAACGGGAAUGUACCAUAUGUCAUCAAACCGGAGUAGGAGUUUGCACGAGAUGUGACCAAUGUUCAAACUUCAUUCACGUCAGUUGCGCUUGGUCAAGUGGCUAUAAAUUCGGGUUUGAGAUUUUACCCCAAAGGAAGCGUCGUCCGCGUGAAAGCGAUCUGGUCAAAUAUGCAGAACACAAUGUCACGGAAACUCAAAUGAAACUCUUCGCCUCUGAAGGUUUGAUGGAGCCAAGAAUUUGGUGCCCCGAGCAUCUUCCAACCACAGACCGAGUGACUUAUGAUGCUUCCGACGUUGAUCCACUCACACAAAAAACCGCCUUGCAGACAUUUUUGCAACACCAAAAAGAUGUCAGCGCCGACCCGGGCUUAAGAAUUUUGCGCAAAGCUAGGAGGCUAGACAGUGUCAUGGAUUCUGUGACGAAGCCGAAGCAUGCCUCACCCGCAACUACACUAUGGGGCAAGAAUUUAGAUCUUGAAGAUGGAUACAUGGUCUCGGCACUCAGCAUGUUGCCUGAGUCUCUUGAAACUCUUGCGGAGGCUCCUCAACCCGCAGCUCCCACUCGCCGUCGUAGGUCAAGCAAUCAAGGCUCAACCGUGGACACAGUGGCCGCUGUUACGCCUGCAACGCGAACUCGAGACAGGACGCGAGGUCGUAAUGCUCGCAAUAGGACUCGCGGCGCCCCGGCAUCAAAAGAAAAAUCUGACGAUCGCUCUCCAGUAACCGAGCGCCAUGAUACUCAACAAGCGCCCUCCCAACCCAAGGAGGCCAUGCCUGUCGAUCCACAGCUGAUAAUCCCGCAAACUCAACGUGUUCCAACACCGGUUCCCAAGCCUGAAAGCCCUCGUAGCGUUGCCCCUCCAGCCACGGUUAACAAUUCGCGACCAAGAAAGGUGAGGCGUAAACAGGCCAAGGCGCCCAGUGACGCAGUCGUGAACGCAAAUACCACCCCCGAUCAACCCGGGGCUAUCAAGCACCCCGAUAAUUUGGGAAGAUCCCAGGCAAACGGAAUGGUUUUGGACGGCCAACAAGUAGCUAUGUCGACCAGCGCCCCCAAACAAAACAUGCACCAACCAAACGGUCCUUGGCGAGGUCAAGCAGGCGAUACAGCUCACGCCUCAUCGACAUCUGAACAAUCACAUGCAGUUAACUCGGUACCAACCGGCUCAGCUUCCAAGCCCAGCCCGCGCGAAACAGCCCCACAUGUGCCCAAACCUCCAAGCAAACUACGCUUGACAAUCAAGCCAGCCAAUGCUCCACAGAAGCAAACAAAUUCCGCUACUCCUGGUCUGAUGCAACCUAAGGCUCAUGAGGAAGAUCGUAAUCAUGUGCUACCAGCUCCGACCUUUUCAUAUCUUCCACCACCAUCAGCACUCAAUCACCCCCAUUUGCCUCAACCCUCUCGACCGAUGUCAUCCUCGUCGUCAUCGUCAUCACCAUCUUCAUCUAAACCCAUGAUGACACGGCUACCAUCGAUCAACCACUUGGAUGUUUUUCAUCCGCCCAUUUCACAUCUGCAUCCGCUUCCGGCCGUCUCUUCUAUGUCAUCACCGAUGUACUUGCCGCCGAUUGCUUCUGUAGCUCAACCCAGGCGUCAACCACCAAUAGUGACUUUGCCUCCACCCCCACCACCGGGAUCUCUCAUGUCUGCCCGACACCCAUCCCCGGGUCAUAUCCCACAUCCUCCAAAUCAUCUGCGCUUCACUGCCCCCCUCUCAACUCCGCCUUCCUUCGACGCUUUUGCCAGAGGGGCAGCGCCGACUGCAGCUAAGAACCCGGUUCGACGUACAGUCCCGCCAGGAACUCAUGCCAAUCCAGCUGAUGGUCCAACACAGUCACACCAACAAUCCGCGAACGGCUCACCUCCUACAGCUCCCCGCAAAAACAUACUCGCUUAG